AUGAUUAUUUGUUUAAAUUAGUAAUAAUUGGAAAUUCAAGUGUAGGUAAAUCAUGUAUUCUAUUACGAUUUAGCGAUGAAUAAUUUAAUGAAUCAUAUUUAACAACAAUAGGAGUUGAUUUUCGUUUUAAGACUUUAUAAAUAGAUGGAAAGUAAGUAAAAUUACAAAUAUGGGAUACAGCAGGAUAAGAGCGAUUCAGAACAAUAACAAAUGCUUAUUAUAAAGGUGCAGAUGGCAUAGUAUUAGUAUAUGAUAUAACAAAUAAUUCAUCUUUUGAGGAUAUAGACCGUUUUUGGUUAAAUGAAGUAGAAAGUUAUGCAGAGAAAGACGUAGAAAUGUUACUUUUGGGAAACAAGGAGGAUUUAAAAGAAUAAAGAUAAGUAGAGAAAAAUGUAGUAUAGGAAUAUGCAGAAAAAAAAAAAUGGAUUUAUAUGAAACAUCAGCAAAAACAAAUGAAUGUAUAGAAAAAGCAUUCGUAGCAAUUUCUAAAAGGUUAAUG